AUGUUCUCCGCAGUCCAUACGGUGGACAUUGCGCUGGCUUUGAUCAGCGUUCUACUUUGCUGGUUUAUUUCGAUGAUGACCUUAUUUGGAGUGAAAAUGAAAACACUGCAAGCCUACAAGAUGGUGUUCUUGAUCAAUGCGUUUGUGGACUUGAUGUAUUCGGUGAACAAUAUUGUGGUGCUAAUGGUAGGAGAUAAAAAGCUUUUACGGGGAAGAAAUAUCGGCUAUAAAGAUUCUCACUGUGAAAAGAAAAUCCGGUCUAUAAUGCCGCAUACUUUGUCAACAAAUAUCGUGAAUAGAUCAACCAGAAAUUUUACCCCAAAUAUUCCUUAUUUUUCAGUCGAUGACAUAUGGCGUGAAAGUGGUAUUUGCCAUCGUAUCGAACCCCAUGAUCCCGGGUACUCCUUGCUCUACUCGUAUUGCAAUUGGCACCCAGCUUUUUUGUAUGUUCUUGUCCUUGAACGUGAUUCCGCUGCAAUUUAUGUUCCGUUAUGGCAUCAUAAGAGGUCGGCCAUUUUCGACUUUGCAAAUUUGCGGUGUGCUAUUUCUGAUCGUCCUCAGCGCCGUUUAUCAUGGGGUUUUCACGGCAAUGGCGUAUUUGCCGAGGACUGAGAAGUACGAUGCGAUCUUGCAUCAGGUCUUGGAGACGAAUCAAAGUCUCCCACUGCCGUCGUAUUUGGCUGGAGAUUUGGUAAGCCAGGCUUUGGGGAAUAUACACAAAGUAUAUUUUGAAGAAAAAGCUGUAGAUUUUGAUGACAUUAAGACAAAACUUCUGUUUAAGGCACUUCCAGCAUACCGUUUUUUUGCGUAAUUGUUGAUAAGGUUUUCAGGGCACUACCGGGAUGGUAAUGCAGUUGAUCAACGUCUCAAUUAACACUUGUGUUAUCUACGGGUCCAUCAUUUAUUUUGUCCAGAAAUCGAAGAAAUCCGUCACACUCAAGUGCGAUUUUGCCGUGAUCAGCAAGAGCACAGUGAAGCUUCAGAGGCAAAUGACCACUCUGCUGUAUGCGCAGGCAAGUACGAGUACAGUGCCGGUUGACCCUUACAUUCCAGGCGAUUUACCCUCUAUUUUCCAUGGUGAUUCCGUGCACCUGCUAUUCGCUGUUAGCCUUGGCCGGAGUCCAAUCCAAAUACCUCGGAGAUGUCCUGACGAUCCUAGUCCACACUCCUCCCGCCUUCAACUGUAUUUCGAUUAUUGUCUGUGUGCCUGCGUAUCGAAGAGUCACAAAGCGGGCCUUGAACUUUGCAAGGUCCGUGGUGGGCACAAACAGUGCCCAAAGGUCUCAUGUGAGCUCGACACUGGGCCAGAAUUCGGGUCGAAUCUCAACGUCAAAACGAUAA